CAUUUUAUGCUGCAAACUUUUCUCGGUAGACUACCGCCAUAUCGCCAUGGCAGGGGUCUUUGGAAGCCUCAACGAGAAUCAAGUGCUGCAGAUUUUGCUUCAUUUGGCUCCGAUCGACUCCAUUCACCUCACACUGGUCUCGAAGAAUGAUAUCUUUGCUCCAAAGAAGGCUACUAUGGAGGGCUAUUGGGAGCACUACGCCAGGCGAGUCUUCCAGUUGGAGGGUCUUCAUGCUGCCACGAACGCCGACGGCGCAGUGGGGAAGAGCUGGGGUGAAAUCUUCCAGUCGUGGCACCAGGCACUCCGCAGUGUGAGCCCCGCGAACGCUCUCCUGGCGCUGCGCAGCGACACCAGGCCCAGCCAGCACGUGGGCCAUCGCUGGGUCACGGUGUGGCGCAGGAUCAAGAGCUGGCUGAAAGAGAACCCCAGUGCCAAGCAGAUCAAAGAAAGUCUCCGUAAUGAGGCUGCCGACUUGUCAGCUCUCGAGAAGAUGGGGGCCUUGCCAUCAGUGAUGAACUGCUGGCGAAUGGUGGAUGGUCAAGAUGUACCCCUGGACCCCCAGGUGGCCUCGAUGGCGCGGACCGUGAACGCUCUCGGAGAAGGCGACCAGUGGUCUCAUGGUCUUUUUGGAGGUUAUCAGACCUAUGACCAUGAAGUCUGCACAGUCUUCUUACCCCUGGAUGCGGCCAUGAACAUCACCCAGCACUUUUGCCAGAUGCUCCGGGAUCGCAUCCCCGAUCUCACGGAGAACGUGCUGGCGAACAAGGUCGUCUUCGCGAUGUCCUUCAACGCCGUGAAAGUCUUCUUCGUCGAUGUGCGCGACGGCCGCGUCUACGUCUUCACGCGGAAGCGCUUCGCGGCCUUGGAGCUGGCGGUGCCCGACAGCGGGGCGACCACCGAUGGCUUCGUGAGGUGGUUUGAAGAAUAUGGUCGACGUUUGCAGAGCAACUUCUACACCAUGGACUAUCUCAGACCUGAGGAAGCUCCAUUGCAGAUGGGCAUCUCUCUGUUCCCCAACGCGCCACCGGAGCUCACAGUUUGUGUGACUCGUGGAGUGGAAGUUCGAGCGAGCUGCAUCUACAUGCCCGAGCAUCAAGCAGGUUGGACCUACAGCAUUGCGAUACGCCUGGUGGGCACCAAGGAAGAACGGGGCUUUGAGCAAUGCCAGUUGGUCUCGCGGCAUUGGGAGAUCGAGGAGGAAGGCCGCCACGAGUGUGAACGCGUGGACGGCGACGGAGUGAUUGGCCUCUUCCCCAUCCUCGUGGAGGGCGGCUGGCUGCGGAAUCGCGAAAGCGAUCCCCAUGGGCAGUACCCCAGUCAUGGCCGUGCAGAAGGCGCCUUCCGAUACCAGAGCUGCUCCGGACGAAAUGGCGCCAUGCGGGGCCGUUUCGGGGGUGCCAUGACCUUUGUCCCCGGCACGCGCAAGCAGCCCAGCGGGGAGACCUUCCGCGUGAAAGUGGAACCUUUUCGGCUCUAUGUGCCCCAAUACAUGUACUGAGCCGCCUACGGGUCGCCGGCGCAUUUUGUAUGCAUAGUGCGGGUGAGCGAAAUCACUCCUUGCUUGGACGAAAUCUCCGCUGAAACACCGAAAGUUGAACUUCUUGUC